AUUUUACAAGCGAUGCUCAAGCUGGGAUUCGCGGUCCCCACUCGUCGGUCCUUCAGAUGCCGUCACCUGGGAGUGGCUGGCAUCAGAGGCGAGGCGGGACUCUCUGUGGACAAGAAGAAAACAAAGGGGCUACAGGAUGAGCAGGUAGAGAAGCACCCGGAGAUGGAAGCUGAGGACGCUCCAAGGAUGCAGAGGAAUGAGAGAGUGUUGAUCAGUCAUGCCAUUCAGGAGAUACAACGCAGGCCCUUGGAGGUUCCCACAAUAAUUGGCGACGACCCCGUUUAUACCAUGGAUAAACAGCAGGUCUCUUGUCCUCAUCACCUCAAGACGAACCUGGCCCAGGUGUACUACGCCAAUCGCAAACAAAUCGAGGCGGCCAUCAAGUCGGCUCUAUCGGCACAGGGAACUUGGAGUCUGGUCCCCAUCGCUGAACGCCUGGCCAUUUGGCGCAGGGCGGCGGACAUUAUCGAGGAGGACGAGUUGCGGUUGCGGGUGUUCCUCAUGCUGACCCUCAGCAAAACAGCCGAUGAUGCUACGCGCGACAUACGGCGACUGCUCAGUUCGCUGAGGGCCAAUGCUGAUUACUUGGAACACCUGUCCGAGCUGCGCUUCGAGAUCCAGGGCGAUAUGAAUGUCUUUCCCAGCUUUCACCUGCGGCCCAUGGAUGGCUUUGUGGCCGCCGUAGCGCCCUUCGAAUCGGUGGCCCUGUCCACCAGUUUGGCCCUCUGUCCAGCUCUUAUGGGCAACACGGUGCUGUGGAAUCCCACUUUGGAGGUGGCCCCAGCCAGCUUCCUCAUCCAUCGGGCCUUCCAGGAGGCGGGUCUGCCCAGCGGAGUGAUCAAUUUCGUGCCGGCCAACGAGCGCCUCUUCUUGGACACCAUCACGAAUGCCAUCCACUUUGCCGGUCUGAAUACCCAGGGCAGAGCGGCCGGCUACAGGCAUGUCCACAAGCUGGUGAGCGACCGGAUGGAGCGAUACAUCUGCUUUCCCCGCCUGGUGGCCGAGUGUCCGGGCCAGAACUUCCACUUCGUCCAUGCCAGUGCCAAGGUGGAGUCCGUGGUCUCGGCUACCGUGCAGGCGGCAUUCGGAUUCGCUGGUCAGUACGCCAACUCGCUGUCCCGGAUGUACGUGCCCUCGUCAAUGUGGCCGCGACUCCGGGCAAAGUUGCUCGAGGCCACGGAGCAGCUGAACAUCGGCGAUCCUGUCCAGCCGGAAACGGAUAUGGGGGCGAUGGUCAGUUUAGAGGGAUUUCGACGAAUGCAGAAGCUCCUGGAGCGAACUAAGAACGUGGAACAGUUGUGCGGAGGCGGCUGCGACGACAGCAUAGGUAGGUUUGUGCAGCCCACAAUUGUCCGGGUGACGGAUCCACUGGAUCCUCUGCUCAGUGAGCCCUGCUGCGGACCCUUUUUGCCGGUGUUCGUCUAUGCGGACGACUCCUUUGGGGAGGCACUCAAGCUGGCCGCCAACCAGUCCAGAUACGCCCUCUCGGGCUCCAUUUUCGCCAGCCGGGAUGAGGUGAUCCUUCACUGCCUCAACCAGCUGCGCAUGUCGGCCAGCAAUCUUUACGUGAACGAGCGGUGUACAGGCAGCAACUACGGAUUGACUCCGUUCGGUGGUAAUCGGCUGUCCGGGACAAACGAUAAGUCCGGAUCUGCCUACUUCCUGAUGCGCUGGAGCUCGCCGCUGCUAAUAGAGGAGACUGUGGAGGGACCACUCCCGACGCAGGGAUCCAAGAAGUUUUCCUAGGCUUUCUAACGGGACAGACAUAUUUUCAAAAUUACCAUAAAUACAAAGUGUUUUUAUUUACUGUAUCGUCAUAUUAAUGGAAAACUACCUUUUAAAAAAUUAAAAGUAACAAUAUCUACUAGUGAUUAAAACUAAA